GUCGAAGGCUAAGGAGGGAAAUCAAUCCCUAAUUGAUUCAUUCGUUCUUCAUCGGCGAAAGCAACACAGAGCCGCCGCCUCGAUCGCUCUUAACCUCCUCCAGUCUCCGGCGACCCGUCUGCUCCGCCAUCCAUCGGCCGCUUCCUCCGCUCUUCUCCGUAAUCUCAUGGUCUGCCAGCCGGAAGAGAUCUUCUGUCGAUUCUGAGCCUUUCUAGCUGCGAGACACCUGCGGCGACGACGGUAAAUUGCGAAACAGCAAGAGAACCUUAACCGGAGGCGAUCAGCUCUAUCCACGUCGUUAUCCUCAUCGCUGAGCGAAGAAAUAUCUACGGAGAAGCCUCUGUUAAAACUGGCAACCCUUUGUUCUUACUAUUCAGGUAGAUAAUUGCUUCUCUGGUUUCCCAUAUCAUUUUAUCCUGUUAUCCAACCCCCCCCCCCACCCCCCCCCCCCCCCCCCCCCCCCCCACCCCAAAUGCUAUUAUAGAGGAAUUGCAAGCGUCUAUUGAAAUUUUAGCAUUCCAGAAAUCAUUAGAAUUGCUAGAGAAUAGAGGAAUUAUAAGCCUCUAUUGAAAUUUUAGCAUUCCAGAAAUGAUUCGAAUUGCUAGAGAAUAUAAGAUAAACAGAGAGAAGGUGAUUAACUUUGCUUACAUAAGUUAUUGCUACGAUGUUGCAGGUCUCUGAAAUAUUGAUAUUAGCUGGUAUCUUAUUGGGAUCGUUGAUUCCUCAUAGACGAUGGCUGGCAGAAUAAUUGCAAAUCUGAUUGUUGUGGGUUCAGGAGUGUUGGUGAGGGCAUUUGCUCAGGCUUAUCGUCAAGCGCUUCAAAAUGCUUCAAAGAAUGGUGUUGCACGUGAAGCAGUGGAGAACAUGAAGAAAGUGGGCAAGACGAUGAGCGAGUCAGAGGCCAGGCAGAUUCUCGGAGUCUCUGAAAAUGCAUCAUGGGAGGAGAUUCUGAAGAAAUAUGAUUCAUUGUUUGAGAACAAUGCUAAGAAUGGCAGCUUCUACCUGCAAUCGAAGGUGUUCAGAGCUAAAGAAUGCCUUGAAAGUGCAGUCAAGAAGGAUGGUGAGUAAAUUUGAGCUGAUGAAAAAGUUUCACACUCUUCAUCUCGCCUCCCAACCUGCAGGUGCACAUAUACUUAGAAAGACGCAUUAGCUCCAGAAGUUUUAACUGUGAUGUGUAUCGAAUGUCGAGAAUCGUCCAAUCCCAUGACCAUGGUUUGUGAUACUCUACCGCAUAGGCUGGUUUUAUCUGUUAAACCAAACUGAUGACUGAGUCAGUAUGGGUUUGUUACAGUUUGUACCGAUUUUUUGCUGUCAUAUACCUUGAACUGUUAGCCUCAUAGUUUGGGGUUUGAGAGAAUAAUAAAGAAGGGGAGUGGGAGUUCGCAAUGUGGACUUUCCGCCCCCUUUUUCAGGUGAUGGGUCUCUUGGAUUGGAUCUCCUUUUGUUCCUUGGGCUUGGAUUAAAAUGAUCUCAGACUCUCUGGUGGAUUUGGAUCCAUUUCUGUAAUCCUUGAAUUCUCUUACCACGUUCCCUAGUUGUUGAGUAGUACCACAUUGAGUUAGCAUGGGUCGCAAUUCGGCUCGACAUUGGGAUGUCCUCAUCUUGCAUUUCGCGAGCAUAAGACACACAUCGAGGGUAUCGCCAUGUCGGUCGUGAAAGGUUGAAGUUGGAAUUGGUCGGGCCGCGUUUGGCGUUGCCACCGAGUAAAAUUGGCAAAAUCUC